AUGGCAACGGCCCAUUCUCUGACGGCGGUAGUCGUUAAAGACGGUGUCGCCAGCAUGUCCCCGGUUAGUCCUCAAGCAUUUUUGGAGACCGCACCCAAAGGAGCGUACACCGUAGGCCGUACCGUCGAUUACGAAACUGUGUUUGAGUUUGAGAUGCAUGUACAGCGAAUGGUGACGUCUAUAUCCCUAAUGGACAAGGAUGGCAAACACAAUAUACAGAACAGGAAUUGGCACGUGCAAGCGAUGGAAAAGGCUACUGACAGCACAUUCAUGAGGAAUUACAUGAAGAAGGACAUGAAGCAGGCAAUUCAGCACUUCUCAGCAAACUCGGCGAAGAAAGUGGCAGAGGUCCAGUGUGCUAUCAAAUCAAGAACGAAUCCCAAUGCCAAAGAUUCGGCCUGGGUGCGAGAAAGGAAAGCACUCGACGAUAACAAGCCAGACGAUGUGGAUGAAAUACUGUUGUUGUCAAGCACGGGUGAGAUAUCGGAAGGAAUGAGUAGCAAUUUCUUUUGCAUGCACAAGGGUGAACUAUUCACAGCCGACGGAGAGGAUGUGCUUCGUGGGACUGUGCGGGCUUUGGUGCUACAGGUUUGCCAAGGUCUGGGUAUCACAGUGCGGUACAAAUCGCCUAAUAUAACUGAGGCUAGCGAUUGGUCGGGGUGUUUUGUCACCAGUACAUCUCGCCUGGUUUUGCCUAUAGAUACGCUGACCUGUCUCGCAGAGAAGCAGUUGGGCGGUGGUAAGGUCAUCGAGUUUGGUGCGUGUCCGCAGGUGGAUAGUAUACGACGUGAGGUCAAAGCACAUAUUCGAGAAUCGUGUGUGCAGAUCCUAGGAUAG